CCCAGCGUCGGCUCCCGGGCGGGCGGCGCGGGCCCUCCCACUCUACCCCGCGCCGCCUCACGGCCCCGGCCCUCGCUUCACCCUGACGCCCCGGCGUGCGUGUCCUCCUGCCGACCUGCAGGCUCGGGGCUUCCGCCUGCUUCCCCACAGCUGCUCCUCGCGGCCCCGCUCCCGUUCACGCUGUCGCCCGGGCCGGCGCGGCCGCGGGCAACCGCUCCCCCUCCCACACCUACCCCGCCCCCUCCCCGCCUUUUCCGCCCUCCGGUCCCCCUCCCUCGGCCCGCUGCCGCUGCUCCAGAUGAGGUGAUGGCAACGGCCAACUUCGGCAAGAUCCAGAUCGGGAUUUACGUGGAGAUCAAGCGCAGCGAUGGCCGAAUACAUCAAGCAAUGGUAACAUCUUUAAAUGAAGAUAAUGAAAGUGUAACUGUUGAAUGGAUAGAAAAUGGAGAUACAAAAGGCAAAGAGAUUGACCUGGAGAGCAUCUUUUCACUUAACCCUGACCUUGUUCCUGAUGAAGAAAUUGAACCCAGUCCAGAAACACCUCCACCUCCAGCAUCCUCAGCCAAAGUAAACAAAAUUGUAAAGAAUCGACGGACUGUGGCUUCUAUUAAGAAUGAGCCUCCUCCAAGAGAUAAUAGAGUGGUUGGUUCUGCACGUGCACGGCCCAGUCAGUUUCCUGAACAGUCUUCCUCUGCACAACAGAAUGGUAGUGUUUCAGAUAUAUCUCCAGUUCAAGCUGCAAAAAAGGAAUUUGGACCCCCUUCACGUAGAAAAUCUAAUUGUGUGAAAGAAGUAGAAAAACUGCAAGAAAAACGAGAAAAAAGGAGACUGCAACAGCAAGAACUUAGAGAAAAAAGAGCCCAGGAUGUUGAUGCUACAAACCCAAAUUAUGAAAUUAUGUGUAUGAUCAGAGACUUUAGAGGAAGUUUGGAUUAUAGACCAUUAACAACAGCAGAUCCUAUUGAUGAACACAGGAUAUGUGUGUGUGUAAGAAAACGACCACUCAAUAAAAAAGAAACUCAAAUGAAAGAUCUUGAUGUAAUCACAAUUCCUAGUAAAGAUGUUGUGAUGGUACAUGAACCAAAACAAAAAGUAGAUUUAACAAGGUACCUAGAAAACCAAACAUUUCGUUUUGAUUAUGCCUUUGAUGACUCAGCUCCUAAUGAAAUGGUUUACAGGUUUACUGCUCGACCACUAGUGGAAACUAUAUUUGAAAGAGGAAUGGCUACAUGCUUUGCUUAUGGGCAGACUGGAAGUGGAAAAACUCAUACUAUGGGUGGUGACUUUUCAGGAAAGAACCAAGAUUGUUCAAAAGGAAUUUAUGCAUUAGCAGCUCGAGAUGUCUUUUUAAUGCUGAAAAAGCCAAACUAUAAGAAGCUAGAACUUCAAGUAUAUGCAACCUUCUUUGAAAUUUAUAGUGGAAAGGUGUUUGACUUACUAAAUAGGAAAACAAAAUUAAGAGUUCUAGAAGAUGGAAAACAGCAGGUUCAAGUUGUGGGAUUACAGGAGCGGGAGGUCAAAUGUGUUGAAGAUGUGCUGAAACUCAUUGACAUAGGCAACAGUUGCAGAACCUCUGGUCAAACAUCUGCAAAUGCACAUUCAUCUCGGAGCCAUGCAGUGUUUCAGAUUAUUCUUAGAAGGAAAGGAAAACUACAUGGCAAAUUUUCUCUCAUUGAUUUGGCUGGAAAUGAAAGAGGAGCUGAUACUUCCAGUGCGGACAGGCAAACUAGGCUUGAAGGUGCUGAAAUUAAUAAAAGCCUUUUAGCACUCAAGGAGUGCAUCAGAGCCUUAGGUAGAAAUAAACCUCAUACUCCUUUCCGUGCAAGUAAACUCACUCAGGUGUUAAGAGAUUCUUUCAUAGGUGAAAACUCUCGUACCUGCAUGAUUGCCACAAUCUCUCCAGGAAUGGCAUCCUGUGAAAAUACUCUUAAUACAUUAAGAUAUGCAAACAGAGUAAAGGAGUUUGGAAUUAGUCCAUCAGACAUUCCCUUCUCACAGGGUAGUGGCAGUCGCCCUGAUCUCUCUCCUUCUUAUGAAUAUGACGACUUUUCUCCUUCAAUUACCAGGGUGAAAGAAUUGACUGUAGAUCCAACUGCUGCUGGUGAUGUUCGUCCAAUAAUGCACCAUCCACCAAACCAGAUUGAUGACUUAGAGACACAGUGGGGUGUGGGGAGUUCCCCUCAGAGAGAUGAUCUAAAACUUCUUUGUGAACAAAAUGAAGAAGAAGUUUCUCCACAACUGUUUACUUUCCAUGAAGCUGUCUCACAAAUGGUAGAAAUGGAAGAGCAAGUUGUAGAAGAUCACAGGGCAGUGUUCCAGGAAUCUAUUCGAUGGUUAGAAGAUGAAAAGGCUCUCUUAGAGAUGACUGAAGAAGUAGACUAUGAUGUCGAUUCAUAUGCCACACAACUUGAAGCUAUUCUUGAGCAAAAAAUAGACAUUUUAACUGAGCUGCGGGAUAAAGUGAAAUCUUUCCGUGCAGCUCUACAAGAAGAGGAACAAGCCAGCAAGCAAAUCAACCCGAAGAGACCCCGUGCCCUUUAAACCGGCAUUUGCUGCUAAAGGAUCCCAGAAUCCUCACUACUGUAACAUAAAACGGUUCAGCUGUAAGGGCCAUUUGAAAGUUUGAAAUUUUAAAGUGUCUGUGGAAAAUGUUUUGUCCUUCACCUGAAAUUACAUUUCAAUUUUGUGAAACACUCUUUUGUCUACAAAAUGCUUCUAGUCCAGGAGGCACAACCAAGAAUUGGGAUUAAUGAAGCAUUUUGUUUCAUUUAUGCAAAUAGUGAUUUACUUUUGGAGAUCCUUGUCAAUUUUAUUUUCUAUAUGAUGAAGUAAGACUGUGGACUCAAUCCAGAGCCAGAUAGUAGGGGGAAGCCACAGCAUUUCCUUUUAACUCAGUUCAAUUUUUGUAGUGAGACUGAGCAGUUUUAAACCCUUUGUGUGCAUGCAUACCUCAUCAGUGAUUGUACAUACCUUGCCCACUCCUAGAGACAGCUGUGCUCACCUUUUCCUGCUUUGUGCCUUGACUAAGGCUACUGACCCUAAAUUUCUGAAGCACAGCCAAGAACAAUUACAUUCCUUAUUUGUCAUUGUAAAUUACCUUUGUGUGUACAUUUUUACUGUAUUUGAGACAUUCUUUGUGUGUGACUAGUUAAUUUUGCAGGAUGUGCCAUAUCAUUGAACGGAACUAAAGUCUGUGACAGUGGAUAUAGCUGCUGGACCAUUCCAUCUUAUAUGUAAAGAAAUCUGGAAUUAUGAUUUAAAACCAUAUAACAUGUGAUUAUAAUUUUUCUUAGCAUUUUCUUUGUAAAGAACUAAAAUAUAAACUAGUUGGUGUAUAAUAAAAAGUAAUGAAAUUCUGAGAAGAGUUUUAUCUUAGGAAAAUACAUAUAUAUGCAGUGUGUGUGCCAGUGUGGUAUUAACAAGACUAAUAGUGCAAUUUGAUCCUUACCAAUAUGAUUACUUAAUUUGAAGUGUUCAUUAGCACCCUAAAAUAUACCUUUUCUAUGUACUGUUAAAGGAAAUUGGCUUCUGAUGCAUGAACAUUUACAUGUACAUUGAAAGUAGUCCAUAAUAGAAGUUAGCUUAAGCCAAGUGUAGACAGUACAUUACUCCCUUGAAAAAGAAUUAAGCUGCAAAAGAGUUGACUUUGCCUUAAAAGGCAGAUCUAACCCAAGCUCCAUCCAGUACCAAAUGUGAAACUUCAUCAUUAUUUGGUGAGAAUCACCAAAUUCUCACUAAUACAUUGGUGUAGGGCAUGCUACUUUUUAAACGGCAGCACUUAUUUUUACAGAUUGCUACUCUAAGAAAGAAAACUGGCCACUUUUCAUGUAAAUAUUUUGUUAAAAGAUUUUGUAUAUCUCUCUAGGAGUUUUUCCUCAGUUCCCAGGAUAGCGUCUGGGAGUAGAUUAACAACUAAAAAUCUCCCAAGGAUAUCUUGUUUUGAUUUAUUUACUCCAGGGAACUACCAGCUCAUUCAUAGGAGCCAAAGGGAAGCUAUGAAUAGAGAGUCAUAUGAGCCAGAUUCUUUACUUUACUGUUCAUAAAACCCAGAGAGUAGUUGUGAAAGAUCCUAAUACAAUUGUGAAAAGCUCUGUAAACAUGAAAUCUAAAACAAAUGUAGAUUUUCACAAUAUGCUUAUUAAUAAAUGAAGUCUAUGGAAUGAGUUUUAGAGAUAAUUUACUUCAGUACAAUCACCUUUGUUUUGGAAGGGACUCAGGUUUUCUUGCAGCUGUAAGAUAUAUUCUAUUUGUGUUUAUUUCAAAGGGAAGAGGAAGAAUGGAGAACUGUUACAAUUGACCUUGCAGAGGCUGUUUAAAAAAGGUAGUUUUUGAGAUUAACCAGACUUCAAAGGGCAAUAAAGACGUAUGAAUUUGCUCAUUUUAAAGCACAACAGAUUAGCUUCAAAUUUAUUAUUUGCAUUGGAUGGGUAAUAUGUUUGGAAAGUCUCCUUAUAGACAAAUAUACUGCCUUACUUUAUGAUGGCUUCAUUCUGAUCCGGUAUUUUAAAAAUUAGUACCAGAAAAGACCUUGGAGGUAGUAUAAUACAGUCCUUCAGCUUUACAGAUAGUUAAAACUGAAGGCCAGAAAAGGAACUAGGACUCAGCAGUUUAUAGGGGUAGAGGGAAAUAACUUGAGAAAGCCGAGUUAAAUGUUAAAUUUUUUUCUGUAAGGAUAGAGAUGAUACAAGUAAACUUUGCAAAAUAGUUUUGUGAGAUUAAACAAAAAAUCUACCCUUAUGUAUAUUUCAUAUUUGUUUAAAAAAAGCAGCUUGAUGCUUUUGUUCUGGAUUAAAUAUUAAGAACAAGCAUUGUUUUAUAUAGUAACAUUUAGUAUAUGAAUUUCAAGCCAGAUUUCAAAAUCUAGCUUUGUUAAAUUAAUUGGAAACUCUCCUUCUAUUAAUAUUAAGUUAGUUAUUUUAAAGAAAGCCAAAUAUCAAUAAAGAUAUUUUUAUUAAUUUUUUAUAGAAAUAAAAUAGCUACUAUAAUUCUUUAUUAUAGUAUAUUAACAGCAGUUAGUAUUAUAUUGAUUUAAACAUAAGUAGCUAAUAAAACUUGUUUAUGACCUCUAUUGAAAUUCUCAAUCUGACAGUUUCAAAAUAGUUUAAAACUAAGCACCAGGUAUAUGAAAAAAGUAUGGGAAAUUUUAGUUAUCCAGAAAUCAUAGGAAUACAGGGAACCUGUAGUUAUGGGAAAUGGCUGUUUUUCUGAAGUUGAAAGCAAACAUAAAACCAGUUUCAAUUUAUAAAACCCUUUAAGAGUUUGCUAAGUUAUCUCCCUAAGAACUAAAAAGAUAAAGGUAAUUUUAUAUUAAUUUCAUUCCAGUUUAGCUUCUCAAUAUGCCUGGUACUGCAUGGUGGCAGUAGCAGACUCGGGCUUACCCAGAACCCUAAGUCUAUGAUGCUACAGGAUAGCGAAAGAGGUAGGCAAUCAUAACAGACAUUGUAUAGGAUAAAUAGGGAAGAGAAUGAGAGAAGCAAAAUAAAAAUAAGAAACAAUUGUUUUACUGUACAUGUGAAUAACAAGAAAUGGUAUGAGGAAUGUGAAUAACAUGAAAUGGUAUGGGGAAUGUGUGACUAGUGAAGCAUAUUUUAACUUUUUUACUACUGGAGGAACAGACCUAAAGAAGGCCUCACAGUAUAUUACACAGUAAAUAGAAGAGUAACAUCUUUAUACAAUAAACUGUGAGAAAUGAUAAGCUUAAGUAUAAAGUUGUGCGUCUCUGCGGCUCCUGAACGUGAAGAUUAUUAUUAAUAGAUUGGACCUGCUCUAUGUUAUAUAUUAAACCAAAACCAAAAAAAAACUUGCAUACUUAGAACUUUCCAACUUAAAAAUUCAGAAUAAUAAAUGGUGACAGCAGUAGUAGUAUUAAACCAAAAAUAGUCAACUAAGGAAUGUCUCAGUAAAGCAAAAGCAUCAUCUUCUCAAAUAUAAAAAAUGUAGAUUUCUUUUCUUGACCUU